AUAUGGCAACGGUGUUGCGGAGAGAUGACACUGCUCAUUCGUAUGGUUUAGGUCCGUGGACGACACUACGGGAACAGAUUGCUGACUUCAUUAAUAUUUAUGACAAACAACUUGGUCUGGAUUCGCUUCAUGUGACGGCGGAUGAAUUGAAAGACAGGUUGGAAAAUGCGGUCAGCAUGAACAAUGAACUCCUAAGUGCUGAAAAGCCGUUAGGUUUAAUUUUGAAUGCCUGUCUAAAUCAGGCUUCAGCUGAUAGGGAUGCGGUGCGUGGUGAACAGGAUGGGGCUACUCUGUUUCGCAGAAAGAAACUAAUUAAGAAGUUGGAGAACGUGGAACAGGAGAGACAGUUGUGGGCUAGACUUCUGGUGGGUUGGCAGGGGACGGAUCACCUUUAUGGAAAGGGUUCGGUUACGAAGGCUUCGGACUCAUUACACGCCCCGGUUGAUCUUUCGGGGGUUUCCUCUGACCGGCCGAAACAGAAGUUUAAUCCAUCUGUUGCUUCGCUCCCGCCUCCAUAUAAUGACACUAAUCCCUCUUGCACGGGGCUGUAUCCAGUGUUGGAUGUUCGGAGGGGCACAGCUGAAUGGGGUCUUCUGAGGGUUCCUCCUCAGAGUUCUUCUGCUCCACUGGCGCGGGAGGAUCCCGAUUUAAUGACGCCAUGCCCGGCGUCCCCUCUUGGUGUUCGCUCUGUUUCUGAUAGUCUUCCUAUGGCGGAUCGGGUUCAACGUGAAAAAUUUUGUUUUUCUAGAUAUCCUUUGGCGACUUCUUCAGGUGUGGCUCAGGUUUCACGUCAGUUCAGCAGCCCUGCACCUCCCUUAGUCUCUCCCUCAGAUGAGGGGGAGCAGGGGGAGGUUCAGUUGAAUGUAGAUGUGUCACUGGUUGGCCGUCUGGUUGAGGAGCCCCCACCCAUUCGGGGAAACUCAGUGUCUUCUCCUCCUGUUUUGAAAGAUGAUGUGAAGUUUACCUCCGCACCGAUGCAGCUUCGGAGCGGACGUAAUCUGUGUGACAUGCAGAGAAGGGAUGUUAGUCCCUCCCCUCGUGAGAUGAGCACACCACGGAGAGGCGGUGCCACCUCUAAUGCUGUUGCUUUUCAGGAACGACUUUUAAGUUUAGGCAGGAAAUCACAGGGGGGUAUGGAUGAUAGGGACACAGACCUUUCAAAUAGAUCGGUUCAUUCUGAGGCUCUGUCAGCAAGUUCUGACAGUUCUUCCCAUUAUGCUAUGCCUUUAAUAGUUUCCCACCAAGGACACAGAUACAAGCCGUUUUCUUUUGGAGAUUUACAGACCCUUAUUGAAAAAUUACCAUCUUUGGUGGACGGUGCUACUCCUUGGUUACAUGCAUUAGAAUCACUGACAGGGGGGUCGACCUUAGCAUUGGGGGAUUUCAGGGCAAUUUUGAGUCGUUCAACAACGACAACAAAUUGCCGUGAUGUUGAGCUGUCAGCGGGAACUAUGCACUGCCCUGAUGAGACGCCUCUUACAGCUGUUCUGACUCCUGUGGGUGCGGCCUUGAGGGAUAUAUUUCCCCCUUUGUCGCUGUCACUUAUUCCAAAGUUUUUCUGGGAUUCCAAAGAACACCCAAAAGUAUUUUUAGAUAAAGCCAUAGAUAUCUGGAGGCGACAGUCUGGGGUUCAUCCAGCUGUUGCUACAUUAAUGAGGGAACAUUUUCGUCAAGCUGUUUUAAAUGGUGUCCCUACUUCUGUCGCUGCUUCAAUGGGGACAAACCCGGAGUUGAGAUCUUGUGACCAUGCGAAGUGGGAAUUGCAUUUGUUGCAUAAUAUGCAGAUUUUUCAGGAUAAGGAGAAAGAGAAGGAGAGAGAGCAGGAAGAUCUUAAGAAUCAAUUAUUGAAACUUCAAAUAGGAGAAGCUAAACAGAAAAUUAAUCUUGCAAAACAGGAACGACAGGAGGUUAGAGCUAUGUUGGCAGCUGUUGCACGGGCUCCUCUUCCGGUGUUUCAUACUGGUCCUGGUGUGUCAGCUCCACGUUUUCGGUCUGGUCUUCCGGGGUGGCGUGGGGGCAGACGGGGUAGGCCUGCAGUGUCGGUCGCGCGAGGAAGGGGUGGACGCAGAGACAGGUGUUUCUAUUGUGGGGAGGAGGGUCACUGGGUUCAACAGUGCCCUCACUAUAUAUCAGAUGGUGCGUUGCCAGACCUGACAUCACAACAAACUCCGAAUGCUACAUUGCUUCCGCAGCGUCCGGGACAGAUUUCUCAGGCUGGACAGUAUUGACACACCCCGGUGAAGAACCUAUGUCAGGGAGCUUUGGCAGAUCCCCUGAUUGAUGUGACAGUGGAUGGACAAACAUUACCAUUUUUGGUGGAUACAGGGGCAACAUAUUCCACCAUGAAUGCUGUCAUGCCUUCACAUAAACUUUCUGAUCAGACAAUAUCAGUGGUUGGUUUUUCUGGGGUGAAACAGACUCUGCCACUCUCCACGCCUCUGCACACGGCUGUGGGCAGACAGAAAGUGACACAUCCUUUUGUAUGCUCCCCCUCAUCUCCCGUUAAUUUAAUAGGGAGAGACUUGUUGAUUGCUCUGGGGGCAACUAUUUUGUGUGGGCCUGAUGGAUUACUUGUCACUUUUCCUGAUGGAUCGUCUCACGCCUGUUCUCCGGUUUAUACCCAUGGACAGUUUUUGCUGCAACAAGCUGAGGAGCAACUGGCUGACAUAUACUGGGGGCGUAUACAGCCGGAAAAGACUGACCAUGCUGGAAUACUAUCUUGUUUUCUGCUUUGGAAGCCCUGGAUUCAAGCGCUUGCUCCGUAUGGUCCGACCCCUGAUCUGCCCCAUGUUACUUUGUUUUAUGACCGAGACCAGACUGAAUGGUUCCAGGAGCAGUUUGAGACACAUUUAGCCGGUGUUGACUGGACUGUAUUUUCACAGGACAUUUAUGUGGCACCGGAGGGGGUGGCUGCAGCUGUUAAUCUGACUCAAGAUCAGUCGUUUUGGUAUAAAAUGCAAGACGAAGCUGUUCCACAUAUUUCUUUGGCUCUCCAUCCUGGCCAUCAGGCCAUGGAACUAGGGGGCGUGGUAAAGCGCUCCCUGGCGGUUUCAGACUGGCAGGCAACUGUUAAUACAGACCUCUUUUUCUCUCCUUCUACAAACACCUACAGAAUAAAGUGUUCCGCUGUAGAUUCUGUAGUUUUGGAACAUCUUCAACUUCCUAGGCACCAUGGCAGGGAGUUGACUGAUCAUCCAACUGCAGCUGCUAUGUUGGCUUCUCUGCCUGAAUGUCUGUGGGCAACAGGUCCUACAGAUGUGGGGCUUGUUGUUGUCACACCUGUCACCUUUGAUUUGCGACCAGGCCCUCCUAUUUGGAGGUCUCAGUAUCCUCAUAAGCAGGCGGCAGAAGAGGGACUGGCGGAAACAAUUGGGGGUCUUCUGGAGGCUGGUGUGUUAGAAUCUUCCACCUCUUCCUGGAACACUCCUAUUUUACCAGUUGAGAAAAAAGGGACGGGUAAAUACCGCAUGGCACAUGAUCUCCGGGCGAUUAAUUCUGUUUUAUUGACCCCUACGGUGCCAGUCCCUAAUCCUCAUGUUGCAUUAACUAACCUUGAUCCCUCUCAGACUUGGUUUUCCUGUGUGGACCUUGCUAACGCUUUCUUUUGUCUCCCAUUGGCUGAGGAAUGUCGGGACGUGUUUUCUUUCACCUACGGGGGUCAGCAGCUGAGAUAUACACGUUUGCCUCAGGGUUUUGCUCUCUCCCCAGGGCUUUUUAAUCAGGUUUUGAAACAGCAGUUGGCAGACUGCUCGUUACCAGACGGUGUGACUCUGAUUCAGUAUGUGGAUGACCUCAUGCUUGCAGCGCAGUCGUUGGAGUCUUGCAUUGAGGCCACGCGACGUUUGCUGUCACACCUUGCUGACAGAGGUUUUAAAGUGAGCAGGUCUAAAUUGCAAAUUGCACGGAAGCAGGUUUCUUUCUUGGGGCGGUCUAUCACUGCGACUGGCACUCAGAUGUCUGCCAGUCACAAAUCUGCUAUUCUUGAUCACCCUAAACCACACACGGUGAAAGACAUGCUGUCCUUUCUUGGUUUGACUGGAUAUAGUAGGAACUAUGUUCCUAACUAUACUGGUUUGACGGACCCUUUACGGGCAUUAGUCAGGGAGCAUGGGACUCGUAAGCUCAACCAGGUUUUGACUUGGACUGUGGAGGCGGAAGAUGCUUUUAUCUCUUUGAAACAGCAAUUGGCUGCUGCUGCCCAGUUGGCUGUCCCAGAUUAUGCUUCGCCCUUUUAUUUGGAUGUUUCUGUUACAGAACUGACGGUUAAUGCAGUUCUGUUUCAGAAAAAAGGGGGAGACAGGAGAAUCCUCCAAUAUGUCAGCGCAAUGUUGGAUCCGAUGGAAAAAAGACAUCCGACAUGUACAAGACAUGCAGCAGGUGUGGGAAAAAUGAUUCAAAAGACAGCACACAUUGUGAUGGGUCAUCCAUUACAGGUUAUGACAUCACACAGCGUGGUGGCAUAUGUGAAUUCACAACAUUUCACAUUAACUACAUUGAGACAACAAAAACUGAGCAAAAUUCUGGAAUCACCUAAUAUAACUUUUGUGCAUAUCGGAGCGAAUAUGGCUGACAGGAUGCAAGAUGGACAGCCACACAACUGUGAUGAAUUAGUACUGAAGGAAGAAAAGAUAAGACCGGACCUACAAGCUUCUCCUCUAGAAGGUCAAGAUGUGAAAAACUUUUAUACAGACGGUUGCUGUUUUAAACAUGACACAGACGGUUUGAGAGCAGCAUAUGCGAUAGUGGAAGACUUGGGCAGUGAGUUUCGUGUUUUGAAGGCAGAAAAGCUGCAGGGUGCCCAAUCGGCACAGAGGGCAGAAGUAAAAGCAAUGGUCGAAGCACUGAAACUGGCUGAGGGAAUGAGGGUGAAUCUUUACAGUGAUUCAGCUUAUGUGGCUAGCGCUGUACAUGUGGAACUUCCUCAGUGGCUCAGAGCAGGAUUUUUGACUGCAACACAGAAGCCCAUAAAACAUGAAACUGAAAUGAAAGAAUUGGCGGAGGCAUUACUGUUGCCUCAGUCUGUGGCUGUGAUUAAAUGCAAGGGACAUGAUCAGAGCAAGACCAGAGUUGCAGCAGGAAACGCAGCCGCGGACGAGGCCGCUAAGAGGGCAGCGGGAUACCUGACAUCUCUUGUGAUGGUGAGUACUGAACUUGAACAGGUCGAACAAAAUCACUUUGAAAAAAUUAUUUCUCAUCAGAAAACCGUGUCACCUGAGGAACGAUCAGUCUGGAGAGCAAGAGGUGCCGUCUGCAAUGAAGGACUCUGGCGGGGACCAAAUGGUAAAGUAAUUCUUCCUCCAAAUAUGAGAUUCCAGGUUUUCCAGGAAGCUCACGGACUCGGACAUGUGGGUAUUGCACAGAUGCUAAAAAAUCUAGAGCACUGGUGGCAUCCAUUUUUGAGAGACAUGGUCAAGGAAUAUGUGAAAACAUGUGAAAUUUGUGGACAACACAACGCAAAACCAACUAUUAGGCCACCAGUGGGACAUUUCCCUUGUACUACACAACCGGGUAAGGAAAUAAUUAUUGAUUUCACAGACAUGAUAACACCCGUCAGAGGAUACAGGUAUGUAUUAAUGUGCGUGGAUGCAUACUCGGGCUGGCCAGAGGCGUGGCCAGCAAAAAAGGAGGACAGCAAAACUGUCAUAAAGUGUCUGAUCAAUCAUUACAUUCCGACCCAUGGAUUUCCAGAGAAGGUGAGAUCAGAUAACGGCACUCAUUUUAGGAACCAAGAUCUGCAGAGAGUGGAGCAGCUGCUUGGAUUGAAGCAUUCUUUCGGUACAGUAUAUCAUCCUGAGUCACAAGGCAAGGUUGAGAGGUUGAACCAAACUAUCAAACAAAAAUUGGCCAAAGUAUGUGCACAUACCAAAUUAAAUUGGGUAGAUGCCUUGCCUAUUGCUUUGAUGUCUGUUCGAAUGUCUAUUAAUCAAACAACAGGGUUUUCUCCAUUCGAGCUCCAGACCGGACGGAUUUUUCCAGGACCUGGAAGUCGCGUGCCUGGAUGGAAAGGUGAACUUGCACAUUUAUCUCAUAAAGAUUUCUUUACUGAGUUACAGAGUCUGGCUGCGGAAUUUGCGAAAUACCAGACGGCACAGGAGCGUCCAGCUUCAGGACCAGUUCCAGGAAUCGACUGGGUGCGCCUGAAGGUCAUCAAACGGAAGUGGUCUGAACCUCGCUUCACCGGACCACACCGAGUAGUGGAGAGGACGUCCCAUGCUGUUCGUCUACAAGGGAAAGGAGACACCUGGUUUCAUUGGAGUCAGUGCACAGCAGCCGAGGAGCCACAGCGUGCGCUCCGAGACGUACAAGACGAGCUUCGACUUCAAUCUUCGGACGAGGAGCAACGCCAGGCGCUUCCAGGAGGGAGUGUAGCAGGAAUUCCUGCCACAACCACUUCAGGUUCCUGAAAUUCAAAGUUCAAAAGGCUCGGACGGGCAUAAUAAUCCUGUUCCGAUGUCCUUACAUUGAGGAAGAAGGAGAUUUUAUACUCUCCUUAAAAACUCACUGUUAUAUUGGCAUAAUAAUCCAAUUUUCAGUGAGCAACGGCUGUGAAGGUGGAAACUUGAGGUUUCCAACCGAGGAGGAUCAGGCUACAAGAAGAUCCACAUUAACUCAUUUUUCUUGCGAGUUUCGUUUUUGCGAACUGUAAAAGAACUUUCGUCUUUGCGCGUAAUUUUUAUCAUUUUUGAAGAAGACUUCAUAUUUUGUUUUUUACAGACUUUUGAAGAACAUUUGAAAAAGAAAAAAAAAAAAAAAAGACUUCAUAUUUUGUUUUUUUACAGACUUUGAAAAAAAAAAAAAACUGGUGUGUAAUUCUUUAUGUCUGCAUGUUUUUGAUUGGUGGCGAGUAUAUUUUUAAAAUUUCCAGAAUAAUUUUUAGCUAUUGUUAUAUACAUAUUUUAGUCUUAUUUUUGCAUUUUUACAUUUGGAGCUGUUAUGUGUACUGUGUUUUUGAGUUGCAUUAUGAUAAUUGAGUUUAUGAUUUUUUCAUAAUUGUAGAAUGAUAAGUGCCUUUCAUGUUUAAUUUUACCGGUGAAACUUUGCGGUUACAAGGUGAGUAUUAAAAUUGUUGAAUAACGCAGGAUUAGAUUUGACAGGUUUGCAGGAUGGGGUUCAUCUUAAGAUACAUGAACUGGGAGUGGAAGUUUUUGCUAGGUGUGUUUCUUGAACUCGAUUUGCUGGGAAUGUGGGUUUGCGGAGGAUCCACGAGUGGACUCAUUUCCUCACAGACACUUAAUCUCCGACCGAGUUUUGUCGAGUGCGGAGUGUCUUGCGGAAAUGCGACUGUUCGUGUGGAGCGUUCUUUGAGACCUCCUGUUGAUAAGUGCCUCACUAAAUAUCGUGGGAUUGAGUUGAACUAUACUCUGGGUACUGUAACUAAUUAUCAAAUUGAUCUGUGUGAGGUAAUUCGUCGCUGCUGGUCGACCCCUCAAUCCUGGCAGAAGACGUCUGUGUAUUUGUGUGGUGAUCUGACCUUCCAGCGACAUUGUAUUACUCAGGAAACUGGGAUUCGACACUUGUGUCCCACUUGGAAAUCGGCCUUCAGAUGGGUGGGAUCAAGUUGGAGUCCACCGUAUGCUCAUAAAUCUGUCACUGAAUAUGACAAGGUUACCAUAAGAAGAGGGACUGUAAGACAUUCUCCAGUGACGGGUAAAAAUCCUUUGGUGUUAACCAUUUCCUCGAUGCACGACGUUUUCUUUAAACAGUAUCCGGCAGAUUCAGCUGUUUAUUUGACUCUAGGUGCUUCAGUGGACGAUAAAGAUCCACUUGGGGUUAUUAAAAUUAAUAUGGUCAGACCUGAGGGGGAGGAAGACAGGGAUAUGGAAAUUCCGGAUCAGCAUGCGGCUAAGAUUGACUACACAGCAGUUUCACCAUUGGACAUCAUUCAAACAGCGACUGGGUAUAGGGAAAAAAACUUAUGGCUGAAUUGGAUGGUUCAAACGGCUAAGGAAACUAAUAUUGGGAACUGCAUUGCAUGUGCUACAGCUCGACCUCAUUUGUUUACUGAGCCUGCCCCAUUACACUUGGGAGAUAGUUGGGGUUUUAAUUGCAUGCUGAGGUUAACAACUGAGGCAGAUCCCGUAAAUUGUGAUGCGCUUGCCAAAAUAUAUCCACCUAUUAAUAACUAUACUCAGACGGGAACUUUUCUUCCGGUUAAGGGUAAAGGGUUGUAUGUGUGUUUUAAUUUUACUCAUCUUAAGCCCGAUUUCAAUCUAGGACAGAUUUCUAGUGAUUGGUGUAAUGUUACUUUGACAGCGGCCGGAAUCGGGAGUUGGGCAAGAGCUGGACUUUAUUAUUUUUGUGGGGGUGAUAGAUUAUAUGUGCGUAUUCCUCCUAAGACUGUUGGAGUAUGUGCCAUGACUCGCCUGGCUGUGCCACUUAUGGUUGUGGGAGAAAGACUUGAUCCUGUAGGACCGGAGCAGGUGCUCACCUUACAGACUCAGAGGCACAAGAGACAGGUGCGUAAUACACGUUCUGAUACUGCAUUUGAUUUGACUACUAAUUCUCCCACUUAUGUAGAUGCCAUCGGCGUGCCGAGAGGGGUCCCGGAUCAAUAUAAAUUGGCGGAUCAAAUUGCAGCAGGUUUUGAAAAUAUACCAGUGUUAUCAGCUCUUUUUCCUAUCACGCCGAAUAAAAAUGUUGAUAGGAUAAAUUAUGUCCAUUAUAAUCUUUUGAGGCUAGCGAAUCUAACCAGGGAUGCUGUUGGGGGUUUGAAGGAGCAGUUAGCUCCUACUUCUUUGAUGACAAUUCAAAAUCGGAUGGCGCUGGACAUGCUGUUGGCCGAAAAGGGUGGAGUCUGUUUUAUGUUCCAAGAGAGCUGCUGUACUUUCAUUCCGAACAAUACGGCCCCUGAUGGAUCUGUCACUCGAGCGUUGGAAGGUUUGAGAAUUUUGAGUAACACUAUGCAUGAACAUUCAGGUAUUGAUGGCGGCUUGGACAGGUGGUUCUCUACUAUGUUUGGUAAAUGGAAAGGGAUUGUUAUGUCAUUGUUGGUUUCGGUGGCUACGUUUGUGGCCAUAA